AUGGGCGCAUGCGACGAGAUGUGGCGUGUUAUCAUCAGAGAAGACCCCCAGUCGGCCUCUGUGUACAUCGCCGAGUACAUCGUCAGUCGCAUCAAGGCCUACAAUCCGACUGAGAGCAACCCGUUCGUGCUGGGCCUGCCCACUGGCAGUAGUCCCGAAAUCAUUUACAAGAUCCUUGUGCAGCGCCACCGCGCCGGCGAGAUCUCGUUUAAGAAUGUGGUGACGUUUAAUAUGGAUGAAUACGUCGGCCUGCCUCGAGACCAUCCCGAGUCUUACCACAGCUUCAUGUACAAGCAUUUCUUCUCACACGUGGACAUCCUGCCGCAUAACAUCAACAUUCUCGAUGGUAACGCCACCGACCUGACUGCUGAAUGUGCCUCCUUCGACGCACGCAUUGCCCGCUAUGGCGGUAUCGAGCUUUUCCUGGGUGGCGUCGGCCCGGACGGUCACAUUGCCUUCAACGAGCCCGGCUCCUCCCUCAGCAGCCGUACCCGUGUCAAGACCCUCGCAUACGACACCAUCCUGGCCAAUUCCCGCUUUUUCGACAACGAUGUGACCAAGGUGCCGCGCAUGGCUAUGACCGUCGGAAUUCAGACCAUCAUGGAUGCCCGCGAGGUGGUUAUUGUCGCAACCGGUGCGCACAAGGCAUUCGCCGUGCAGAAGGGUCUUGAGGAAGGUGUCAACCACAUGUGGACCCUCUCAGCUCUGCAGCUGCACCAGCACCCGCUGGUCGUCUGUGAUCGCGAUGCCACCCUGGAGCUCAAGGUCAAGACUGUUCGCUACUUUGAGUCAAUUGAGCAGGCCGGUACCGAUGCCCGCACCCAGGGACCUGCUAUGGUCUACCGUCCCCGCACCUAUGUCCCCGACCCGUUGCCUGCUAAGAAGACCGCUUCCAAGCAGCAGCCCACCCCCGACAGAACCCCCGAGAAGGUCCCCAAGGACUUGCGCAUCAAUACUGAGCUUUACCGUGCCCAGGAAGACGAUGAACUCACUCCGGACAGCAUGUCUUCGCGCAUGGUCGACUCGGCCGUCGGUCUUGACGGUGCUCUGAAGAACGACCUGAUCUUUGAUCGCAUGGGCGCUAGAAUGACCACUCUCUCAUAG